AACCUAAUUUGCAUUUUGUUUGUUGAUAUCUAAUCGAAAGCUGCUGGAUAAUCAGCUCCCAUUUUCCCUAGUGAGGAAGUAUGUGCCAUAGCUACCAAGGGCACUGAUCCAGGUAUAAGGUUGUUGAUAUGAACCUUAUUCGAAUGUUUGGGGAUUCCAUUUCUAGAUCCAAAGAUGUAAUGCGAUUUGUGUGCCAAAGAACAUUUGCUACAGCUGCUGGUAAAGCGAAGAAGGUUGGGAGGGGAGAUGGAGGUAAUGAUGCACCAAAAGCAUCGAACUUGAGCAAAGAGAUCAAAUCGAGUAUGGUUGUUAGUGCUAAUACUCUGAAAGAUGGAUUGGACCCUAAGAUCUUGCCUAAUUCAGAUCACCCUGAUUAUUUAUGGCAUCUGCUUGAUAAGCGACCGGCGCUUAGCGAACUUAGAAGGAAGAACGUUGAGACUCUUAGUUUUGAUGAUCUUAAACGUUUUGUGAAGCUGGAUACCAGAGCUAGAAUCAAGGAGAACCAUUCUAUCAAGGCCAAGAACUGAAAUGAGAUUCAACAAUGACUUGUUGUAUGUGUCCCUUAUAAUUCCCCUUGUUUGAGCAAUCCCUUCAUUUUCCUUAUUAUCUUUGGGAUUAUUUGAUCUUAAAAGAUUUUUCUCU